AUGGAUCCUUACAAGGUUCUCUCUCUCUCUCUCUCUCUCUCUCUCUCUCUCUCUCUCGUUUGUGUAUAAGACGUCUGAUAUGUUGGGUUGGAACAGUUUCGGCCUUCGAGCGCCUUCAACUCUCCCUUCUGGACGACCAACUCCGGGGCGCCGGUCUGGAACAACAACAACUCGCUCACUGUCGGAGAGAGGGGUACCCAGCUGCUCCCUCUCCCUUGCUGCUAUUUUUACGCCUGAUUAUCUUUCAUGCACGCAAUAAAUCCAUGGGUUUGUCUCCGGAAAUGGUCUUGCUGGUGGUUUUCGCCGUAUCUCUGCUUUCUCGAACAAGUUUUUCUUUCUGUCUUGUUUGCAAUACGUGAUUCCGAUUCCAUCCCCGCCUAAUAAUUCCCCCGUUUAGAACGGUUCUCCUCCUCGAAGAAUCAGAAGCACCACGGAGGGGGGGAGGGGGGUUCAGGUGAUUAUUGCCAUGAAAUAAACACACGUUCUAGAUGCUCCAAAGACUCUUGAGGAAAUCCAAGAAGGCUAUAUAUAUAAUACACACACACCAUCCUUAGAUCACAGAGAGAUAGAUAGAGAGAGACAGAGAGGGACAGAGAGAGACAGAGAGAGACAGAGAGAGACAGAGAGACAGAAUACUGUUUGAUGAAACAAGUGAUUAUUACAAUGUGAGAUCAGAGACUGGGAAUGAAGGCUAUAUAUAUACUACCCCAUGAAAUAAAACACAUAUUCUAGUUGUUCAAAAGACUCUUUAGGAAAUUGAAGAAAACUAUGUAUAAUACACCAUGCUAAGGUCAGAGAGAAACAGAGGGAAGACCGUCUCAUCUUUGAUGCAUCAUGAUCAGGGGUUGAUGAGACGAGGGAGGCCCAGAAGAUGGUAGUUGCAUUCUGGGUCGAAAAGGGAUUGAUGAAAGAAGGGAUUAUUAGAGUGUGAGAUGAGAGACUGCAAUGAUGAAUGGUGGUAAUGGAAGCUGUGGGAUUUCCUGGCAGGGCCGAUUCUGCUGGAGGAUUACCAUCUGAUCGAGAAGAUAGCGCAGUUCGACAGGGAGCGGAUCCCCGAGCGGGUCGUCCACGCCAGAGGAGCCAGUGCCAAGGGCUUCUUCGAGGUCACCCACGACAUCACCCACCUCACCUGCGCGGACUUCCUCCGUGGCCCCGGUGUCCAGACCCCGGUGAUCGUACGGUUCUCCACCGUCAUUCACGAGAGGGGGAGCCCCGAAACCCUAAGAGACCCCCGUGGCUUCGCCGUCAAGUUCUACACCAGAGAGGUAUUUUUUCUAGCUCGCUCUGUCCCACACUCAGUCAACUUUUCCAAAUCAUGGGUCGAAUCAUUAGAUAAUCUCAAGUCAAACAAUGGUUACUUAGCUUCCGAUGACUGAUCCUCAUCACAUUCUUCUUGUUCUUGUUCCCUUUUCUUUUUUUUUUUGUGGCGCUUCAGGGGAAUUUCGAUCUUGUGGGGAACAACUUCCCGGUGUUCUUCAUCCGAGACGGGAUGAAGUUCCCCGACAUGGUCCACGCUCUGAAGCCCAACCCGGUGUCCCACAUCCAGGAGAACUGGAGGAUCCUCGACUUCUUCUCCCACCACCCCGAGAGCCUCCACAUGUUCACUUUCCUCUUCGACGACAUCGGCAUCCCCGCUGACUACAGGCACAUGGACGGCUCCGGGGUCAACACCUACACUCUGGUCAACAAGGCAGGGAAGACCCACUACGUGAAGUUCCACUGGAAGCCCACUUGCGGGGUGAAGUCCCUGCUGGAAGACGAAGCAGUUGUGGUUGGAGGCACCAACCACAGCCACGCCACCAAGGACCUCUACGACUCCAUUGCCGCCGGAAACUACCCAGAAUGGAAGCUCUACAUUCAGACAAUCGACCCGGAUCACGAGGACAGGUUUGACUUUGACCCACUUGACGUCACCAAGACCUGGCCCGAAGACAUCCUGCCCCUCCAGCCGGUGGGCCGUCUGGUCUUGAACAAGAACAUCGACAAUUUCUUCGCGGAGAAUGAGCAGCUUGCCUUCUGCCCGGCAAUCAUCGUCCCGGGGAUUUACUACUCAGAUGAUAAGCUCCUGCAGACCAGGAUCUUCUCCUACGCUGACACUCAGAGGCACCGCCUUGGGCCGAACUACCUGCUGCUCCCGCCCAAUGCCCCCAAGUCCGCGCACCACAACAACCACCACGAGGGCUUCAUGAAUUUUAUGCAUCGGGACGAGGAGGUAAUGAAAUCAUAUCGAUCACCCUUUUAUGCGGCCUUGGUCCCUCUGUGGCAACUAAUGACUGGAUGAAUCUCCACUUUCUCAGGUCAACUACUUCCCUUCGAGGUACGACCCUGUUCGACACGCAGAGCAGUACCCGAUUCCUUCCCGUGUUCUUACUGGUAGACGUGAGAAGGUGAGCUCCGAUCGCCUUGCAUGCACUGCAUCACCAUAUGCCAGGUACUCAUGCCAUAUAUUUCCGUUGACCGCAGACUGUCAUCAAGAAGGAGAACAACUUCAAGCAGCCCGGAGAGAGGUACCGAUCGUGGGCGCCUGACAGGUAAUUUCCCAGCUCACAUCCCAAUCCUCAAGGCUUCCCUCUAGAUUAUUAUCGUCCUCAACAACUGAGCCGAUCAUCCUCUUCUGUGUCUGUCUCAGGCAAGAACGAUUCAUCCGGAGGUGGAUCGAGGCGCUCUCCGACCAAAGGGUCACCCACGAAAUCCGGAGCAUCUGGAUCUCAUACUGGUCACAGGUGAGAGCCCCCCUAAUCGGCAACUCCCAGGAGAUUUCUUGUCUUCAGCUCAUAUCCUAAUUCAUCCCAUCAUAGAAUCAUAAGACAAGUUCUACCAUGAGCAUUGCCUUGUUUCAGUCUAAUCCCUGGUUGUGUGACUGUAACUGCAGUGUGACAAAUCCCUGGGCCAGAAGCUGGCGACUCGCCUCAACGUGAAGCCCAGCAUGUGA